AACCAAAACGAGUUGAGGAAGCUGUUAAAGGAUUUAUUAAUCGGCGCGGCAAAAGAUUAUGGAGGUUGCGUGUGAUCGGAGCCGGAGUUCGUUUCAAAGUUGAAGACCCUACAUUAGUAACAAGUUAUCCUUUAAGUGUCAUCAUUAAUAACGUCUCUGGCUGGAACCCACCUUACCCAACAAAAGAAUGGCUUCAACCAAGGCGUUAUAAGGAUCAUUUAAUGUGUACCACCUACGCUUACGAUUUUCCCGAAUUAUUUUGUCAAGCUAUUAGAAUACUAUGGAAUCGUGCAUCUCAUCAUAGUUCAAACCUUGAAUGUCCUAGUGAUGUUUUGGAAGCCAAAGAACUUGUGCUUGACGAGAAUAAUAAUUUACAAGAAUGGAGAGAGCUUCAGGAACGAAUUCAUUUGGUAUGGUUGCAUGGAUCUUUACUCUUUUUACCUCCCCCCGAAUAUCCCAAAGAAGAUCAAUUUUUCUACAAACCAACCGAAUUGGCAAGAUCAUUGGGAAUACCUAGAGUAUACUUGGCAGCAAAUUCUGGUGCAAGGAUUAGAUUGGCGGAAGAAGUUAUGAAUCAUUUUAACACAUAUAAGCAAUUACAUCAAAAUGGAAGGAAAUCUGUUAUCGCGGAAGAAAUUGUUGAGGAAGAAGAAACACGACAUAAAAUCACCGAUAUUAUUGGAUCAAAAGAUGGGCUUGGUGUUGAAUGUUUGAAGGGUUCAGGAUUAAUCGCUGGGAUAACAUCGCGAGCAUAUGAGGACAUUUUCACAAUAACGUUAGUUACUUGUCGUUCAGUUG